CAGCUCGGGAAAGGAUUUCUGUGCUUUGAUCUUGAAAAAUUUGGUCAAAUACUUUCGAUUUUACACCCUUUUCGCUAUGGCGUCGCCGCUGACCGACCAGGACAGGAGAAAGCAGAUUAGUGUUAGGGGUAUUGCACAAGUAGGAAAUGUAGCAGCCCUGAAAAACAACUUUAAUCGGCAUCUUCAUUACACACUUGUAAAGGACAGAAAUGUUGCAACCCCCAGAGACUAUUUUUUUGCCCUUGCCCACACUGUCAGGGACCACUUGGUUGGGAGGUGGAUCAGAACCCAGCAGUAUUACUAUGAAAAAGAUCCAAAGCGAGUCUAUUACCUUUCCUUGGAGUUCUACAUGGGGAGAUCCUUGUGUAACACCAUGAUGAAUCUUGGAAUUGAGAAUGCAUGUGAUGAAGCCAUGUAUCAGCUUGGCCUUGAUAUAGAAGAACUAGAAGAUAUUGAAGAAGAUGCUGGCCUUGGUAAUGGUGGUCUUGGGCGGUUGGCAGCUUGUUUCCUUGACUCCAUGGCAACGCUGGGUCUGGCAGCCUACGGGUAUGGCAUCCGUUAUGACUACGGUAUCUUUGCUCAGAGAAUCCGCGAUGGUCACCAGGUUGAAGAGCCUGAUGAGUGGCUGAGAUAUGGUAAUCCAUGGGAGAAGGCACGACCCGAGUACAUGCUGCCAGUCAACUUCUACGGACGCGUUGAAAAGAAUGAGAAGGGAGCAAAAUGGGUCGACACACAGGUUGUUUUUGCUAUGCCAUAUGACAGUCCUAUCCCAGGCUAUGGAAACAAUGCAGUCAACACAAUGAGACUUUGGUCUGCUAAGGCACCAAGUAGUUUUAAUCUUCAAUUCUUCAAUGAUGGCGAGUACAUCCAGGCCGUCUGCGACCGCAACAUGGCCGAGAAUAUAUCGCGUGUGUUAUAUCCCAAUGACAAUUUCUUCGAGGGCAAGGAACUCCGUCUCAAGCAGCAGUACUUCCUUGUUGCUGCAACGCUUCAAGAUAUCGUGCGUCGGUUUAAAUCAUCCAAGUUCGGCUGCAGAGACCCGGUUAGGACUUCGUUUGAAAGCUUCCCUGAGAAGUGUGCCAUUCAGCUGAAUGAUACCCAUCCUUCUCUGGCCAUCCCCGAGCUGAUGAGGAUCUUUGUGGACAUUGAGCAUCUUCCGUGGGACAAAGCCUGGGCUAUUGUAGUGAAGACUUGUGCCUAUACCAACCACACGGUACUACCCGAGGCCUUGGAGAGAUGGCCCGUGUCCUUGCUAAGCAAUCUCUUGCCAAGGCAUCUGGAGAUCAUCUAUGAAAUCAAUUCGAAGUUCCUCGCUGAGGUGCAGAAGAAAUGGCCGAAUGACUGGGACCGCAUGCGUGAUAUGUCGCUGGUGGAGGAGCAUGGCGAGAAGCGUAUCAACAUGGCACAUCUGGCCAUCGUGGGAUGUCACGCUGUCAAUGGUGUCGCAAUGAUUCACUCCAACAUCAUCAAGAAGGACAUCUUCAAGAACUUCUACCAGAUGUGGCCUGAAAAGUUCCAGAACAAGACAAACGGCAUCACUCCGAGGAGAUGGUUGGUGCUUUGUAACCCGAACUUGGCCGAGCUCAUCGCUGAUCAAAUUGGCAAGGAGUUCAUCACAGAGCUGUCUGAGCUGAGGAAACUUGAGCCACUUGUAAAUGAUGAAGGUUUCCUGAGGAAGCUCCAGAAAGUCAAGUACGAUAACAAGUCUAAACUGGCUGAGUACAUCAAGAAAGAAUACAACAUCGACGUCGACCCGACAUCCAUGUACGACAUGCAAGUGAAGAGGAUACACGAGUACAAACGCCAACUUCUGAAUGCAUUGCAUAUCAUCGUCCUCUACAAUCGAAUCAAAGCUAACCCGAACGCUGAGAUGAUUGCUAGGACAGUCAUGAUUGGAGGCAAGGCUGCUCCCGGGUACCACAUGGCCAAGCUGAUCAUCAAACUCAUCAACAGCAUCGGACGCAUCGUUAACACCGACCCGAUCGUGGGUCUGAAGCUGAAAGUGGUCUACCUCGAGAACUACCGCGUAUCUCUAGCUGAGAAGAUCAUUCCAGCUGCUGACCUUAGCGAACAGAUCUCAUUGGCUGGCACUGAAGCAUCUGGGACUGGAAAUAUGAAAUUCAUGCUGAAUGGUUCAUUGACCAUUGGAACCCUUGAUGGUGCUAAUGUAGAGAUGAGAGAAGAGAUGGGUCCGGAUAAUAUCUUCAUCUUCGGCAUGCAGGAAGAGGAGGUCAAUGGAGUCAAGGCGAACUACAAUAACCAGGCCUACGUAGACAGGAACCCUGAGUUGAAGUUGGCUCUGGAGCAGAUCAGAGACAACUUCUUCAGCCCGGAGUGUCCCGGCAGGUUUAACGAUAUCUACAAUUCCCUCAUGUAUCAUGAUAGAUUCUGCCUCUUGGCUGACUUCGAUGAUUACAUCAAGUGCCAGGACCGAGUGAGUGCCACGUAUAAGGACCCAAAGUUGUGGACGCAAAUGGCUCUCAUGAACAUCGCAGCAUCUGGGAAAUUCUCAAGCGACAGAACAAUCGCCGAGUAUGCUAGGGAAAUCUGGGGAGUGGAGCCCACCAAGAUGAAGCUGCCCGCUCCACAUGAGGUACCUGGAGCAGCUCCCAAGGAAUGAAGUGGGAAUAUGACUUGUGCAGAUAGACCAAAUGAAACUCGGUCUUGUUCAUGGUGAAGGAUGAGUAGUCUUCUGUCUAUAUAAUUGGGACAUCAGUUUGACAGAAAUAACACAGCCUACUCUUGACUUGUUAUGAAUGGCUAACUUUCUUAUUGAAGAGUGGUAAAAAAGUGAUUCAAGCCAAAUCACUCUAAAUCCUAUAUUUCAUAGAUUCAACCUGUCUCUUAUACGCUUUCCUGCUUAUGUUUUACGUAUUUGAUUAUGAUUAUAUCCCGGAUGUUUUCUCUAUAUGUCGAGACCUACUGGACUACUUCUUUUGCAUCAUUUCACGUUCUAAAGGUUAUAAAGAAUCUCAAUACUCAUUAAAGGGAGAAUAUAGGCAGGUGCAAAGCUGGCCAGAUUAGGCUAUUCAAAGUCACUGAUUGCUAUUAGGUGACUCUUCUAUCUCACAGUACAUCUACACUAUUCAUGCUUUUGCGAGGAACAGUUUUAUCACCAACUCAAACCAUGCCCUAACUGUCCCUAUUUGUCACCUGGAGAUCGCAAGUGGGAUUCUCCUAGCUCCUGCCUAGCGUCCCCUUUAAUAGAAGAGCUAAAGUGUGUGAAACUUUUGUGGCCAUCCACCAUGAACCAGUCGGUUAAGUUGUUAUAUUGUUGAAACCAGUUCUAAUUUAAAUGACAGGCAGGGGAUGGAAUCUGCAUUUGGCUGCAGUUCCUGUAAAUGGUCUCAUCUGUCUGUGCUGGUUUGUUUGCUUGGAGCAGUGGCACUGACUAGUAUCCUGCAACUGAUGGCGUCUCACCGACCACCAUCCAGGUUGUGUCCCCUGUCUGUUUGAACAUUUGUACAUUAAUGUAAUAAUAAGACUAAUGAUUUCAACACUUAUGCUGAUAGAAUGUUUUUUCUCGUAGAUUUGGUGUGUUUAGUUGUAUAGGUGCCACUUUUUUUUCAUCUUGAGCGCAAGUUGAGCUCAGGGCACAUGUUUUUUCCAUUACUGAGUUACUGUUAGUCUCUAUGUUUGGACUUAUGUAUGUUUUGUAGCAGUUGAGGCCAUUGAAAUGGCAGCAGGUAACUUUUAGAUGUUCUUGUCAAACUUUCAUCGAGUGUUUGCUUACUCACACGGUGCUUCCCCUGUCAGUCAUCCAGGCCUAAGUUGUGAUGUCACAGUGGUAAAAGAAAGCUGUUGCACUUACACAUGGAGAUGCAGUGCAAGCAAUCGGACACAUUCUUUCAGUUUGACAACAACAUCGAUAUUACUAAUUCCUAGUCUUGUAGGUCAAUUCCUUCAGAGAUAUUGCACUAUCAGUGUUGUGAGAUGGACUAUAUCAGCAUAUACAUAUAUGUAAGUUGAACUUUUGAUAGUAUCAGUUACAAAGAGGUUGACUUAUACAUGUAUUUUGAUGUGCUAGUGAAUCUUUAGUUCAGGUCCUAAAAAGCAGUUCAUCUUCAAGUUAUAAGAUGUUUCAGGAGACAUUUUUCACAGGCAUUUUAGGAAUAGACAGUGACUCUGUAACCAUAUAGGGCACAGCUUGUAAGUUUGAACAACAGAAUGUGUGUUUUCUAAGGAGUUUUGAGGGUUUUCAGUGAAUGAUGAACAAUAUGUUAUGUUGAACAAUAUGGACACAUCAUGACCUAUAUGCACAUGUAUGGCACCUGAGGUGCUUUUUUAACCCCGUGCUUCUCAUUGAUGUUGUAUAUAUUUUGCUUGUUUCGAAGUUCUCUCGUCGGUGUAAUCCACAGUGGUCUAAGUGACACUUAAGAUUUCAGGGAUAGUUAUAGCCAUAUCAUAAAUAGUUAAUGAAAAGUAAUUCACCUGCUCACACUUUUUUCCUGUUAUAGCCGUUGUGACUCUGUUAGUGACUGUUGCCAGUGUAGCCUUUCAUUCUCAGCAAUCGUGAUCUGAUGAGUUUUGUAUAGAAUGAUCAAUCCGUAUCAGUAGUUCCUCUUUCAAACUUUCCGAGAUAGGUUUACACAUUUGUGUAUGAAUCAACACAAAUUCCAGACUGAUCAGUGCAGUUGCUUUAAAGGCCUAUGCUGUUCAUUUGAAAUUUGAAAUUUAUAAUUCAUUAGGUAUUACGUUUCCUCUGUUUUCUCAUCUCAAACUAUCUUUCAGUACGAUGUAUCAAACUGCGCUUAAUGAAUUUUUUGAUUUGGUUUCAUGUAAUGUCAACUGUUCUAACAAGGGUAAGAUGAUGACUUGUUAAUUGAAAUCCUCAUCCAAAAGAGACUAUUGGCAAAUAUUCAUAGCUGAAAUUGCAACGUCCUUAAAAAUGGCCAAGUACUUAAAUAUUUGCCAUUUUGAUGAAGUUGAAUUAGCCUCCCUUUUAUCGAAUGUGCAAACUACACCAUAACCAUGACCUGUGACCUGUUUGUAUAUAUUAACCGUCAUCUAUCAUAUUGCUUUGGUGCAUACCAAAUCGCUCCCGGUGAUUUUGAACAACCUGUAAUCUUUACAGCUACCUCAGCCCUAGUAGUGCUUGCUAAUGAUAGCUUAAGUACCACCUCACUUCAUACAGAGAAACCUGCCGCUAACCAGUGCUGAAUUCAUGAGAGAUUAAAUAAAAGGCAAUUUUUAUCAUGCCUUUGUGAGAGCUAAAGGCUGUCUUGUAAUGAGUUACAUCUGGCAGGUACACCUGCCAAAAACCAGAUGCCAAAUCCAUGAGGGAUGAGAUUCAAUUUUAAAAGGACUUUAAAUCAAAAAACACACAUCUAAGAGUAAGAAAACCUUCUCUACCAGUUUGAGGCAGGUCUGCAGUUACAAUACAUGGAGCUCAGGGAUAUGCAAGUCUGUUGACUGUGGUUUUAUAUUGUAGAGGAUUAACUGCAGAACGGUAGGUAUUCUUGUGCGUAAAAAUGAAGCAGCUGAGUUAAAAAUCUGAUUUUAGGAAUUCUUGAAAGCAUUUCGUCAAAAGCUACAUGCAUCAGAUUUGCAAUGGAGAGAUCAAUAGGGGCAGAUCCAGGGGAGAAAAGACUGGGUGCCUGCUCAGCCAUUUUUAUGCUGAAUUUCAAGGACUUUCGCCUAAUAAUUUCAAUGAUCUUUGUCAAAAUAGGGGUGUUGCUCCAGUUUUCUACUACUGGAUCUGUGCCUGAUCAGCAAUUUGGAUUCAGGGUAAUGAAGACAAGCCACUACUAGGGUCCACAUUCACGAAAGGAAAACUCUACUUGUCUAGGUGUUGUCAACAUCUAACAAUAGACUCCGCACUGGAUGAAUGCACCCUGGUGAUCAUGGAUAUGUAAUGUUAUUAAUGGUUGUCUAGUUUGUUCAUCGGUUGUGGCCAUCAUGACCAUUGAAGAACUUUUCUCGAAUAACAGUCACAUACCAAAAUUUAAUUGAAAUCAGUGUUACAGGGUUGUCAAAGCGCCCUGCAAACGAACGAGACAGUUUUUUGCAAUCAUGAUUGAAUGCAACAAAAAUCACUAGUUUGCGGUGUUAUGUGGGGUUGACAUUGAGAACGGUUCAGAAUCAAACAGCCCCUUUUGUUUUGUUCUCAAAAUGACCGGCGAAAAAUGGGCUUUUUCUGUUGUUUGCAUUUUCCACAAUGAUUUACUAAUAAGGGAAAGUGUGGCAUUAUUUGAGAAAUGUUCUAUAUUUACCUCCAUUCUUGUUUUAAAUUUGAAUCGGAAUACUGCGUUGAUUGUCCAUAUUGUUCAUCACAUGCCACUGCUUGACCACUCUCUGUUUGCCUGUGUCUUGAGAAAAAAACACCUCUAAAUUGGAAAAAGGAAGGUUACGUAAAGGUUUGGUGAAUCCAUAUAAAAGUCUGUGUUUAGGUUAACUGUCAAGAGUAACAGGGUCAGCAAUGUGUACUCGUCUUACAGAGCCUGAAAAACUGCAAGCCUGAUAUCAAUGCCAAUGAUAUGUAGCACCUGAAUAGCUAGCUAUGCUCAAGAAUAAAUAAAGACUACACUUUCUCUUGAUCUCUGUGAUAUUUAGUUAAGCGCACUUUUUUGUCAUCUAUUACUUUCAAAAGUGUAAUAUUGAAGUACUUAAAAGUGAUUUUUUUUGCAUUUUUUUCCUUAAAAUGUGGCUUGAAUCUUCAAAACUUCUCUAAAAUCUUAUUCAUGAAGACUCUCUUGAGUUGUCUGGUAUCUGUUGUUCUUCUCAAAAAUAUGAUAUAGAAAAGUUACUUUGUUAGUAGAAAAUUUUUAGUAUUGUGCCAUAGGCAGGGUUUAGAAGAAAGAGAUACAUUCGAUAGACAUGUUUCUGUACUUUAAGCUGUGUAACUCCAAGCUUCCAGUUCGUCAGACAGGACACAAUAUGGAUUGCAUACUCCCACACAAAACAUGGGUAGACCAAAUCUUGAUUUCACUAACAUCCAUUACAGCUGAAGAACAUAAAUUUUGGUGUUUACUUUCAAGUGAUUAGCAGUUUGGGGUAUUUUUCCCAGAAUUAUGUAUAAAAUACAGAGCUGAGUAUUGUUGAUGCAACCCUAAUUGUUGUAGAUUGUCUAAAUUCUGAAUGAUAUCAUAUAUGAUUACAAACGUGCAUGUACAUGUAAAAUAUGUUGUGAACUCUUUGAUAUUUGUGCUAGUUUCAUAGUAAACAAUUGUAUAUAGUGUAAAUGUAGACAGCUUUUAUGAAAGCACUGAAAAGGUUUAUUUCUAACUACUACCACGUGACAUUUAUUGGAAUUUUCUUUUCUUUUUAUGGCUUUCACACCUUCAGCGCCAACCACGCAGAUCAACGUGGCCCAAAUCCCCCCUCUUUGAGCUGGUUAUCGGAGUCUCAUGGAUUUCAUGACAGAACUACGGCAUCGCCAUCUUCAGGGCAAAUGAGGAACUGAAAAUACCGUUUGGUCUUUUCAGUUCCUGUCUUGCCCUGAAGAUGGCGAUGGCGUAGUUCUUUCAUGAAGUCCAUGAGACUCCGAUAACCAGAUCAAGAGGGGGAUUUGGGUCACGUAGAUCUACGUGGUUCGGCGCUGAAGGUGUUAAUGGGAAUAAGUUGUGAAGUUGCGUUUUUUUACAUGUUUUUUUUUGUGCUAUAAGUUUUUCAUGCUUUCAGACAGCAGAGCAAUGCUAGAAAUUGUAAAUUAGGCUUAGUUUUAGGCUUGUUUUGGUUAAAUCUAAGGAGGCAUUACUCUGUGCUGAGUGACCCCUAAUUGGGGCUGUCGUUUGGAACGACCUACAUUCGUAUAUGGGAAUUAAUAUAUCAUCAGUCAUGAAGUAAAGUUGAAAGAGGCUCCUGACUGAUUAACUACUACAGACCUCUUUGUCUACCUGUAUCUAUCAGGAACGAGCCAGUGCAAGCUUUCAUGCUCCUUCUUUAUAUUAAAUGAUGUAUAGGCUUACUAUAGGACAGUUACUAUUAUCUGAGGCUUGAGCCUUGACUUAUGUUUUGUUAGGGAUGUUUCCAUCUGAUUCUAGUUCAUGUUAACAAUCGAGAAAUUCAUGCAAAUAAAGUUAUUGGCAACUGGA